UUGCAGGUGGGAGACUCGCCCCGGGACGGGCCGGCAGUCACGUUAAAGGCUGUUGGGCUAUAGCAGCACUAUGUUCUGUCUGGUUUCAGAGAAACUCCCCAAACAUCAUUACCCGAGAAAACCGAGCAGACAGAAGCGCCCAGCCCAGCUCUGCCUCCCGCCCCCCCCUCCUUCCCCUCUUUGUUCAGCCUCAGGUCACAUUCUAAGGGAACCACUUAACGCUGAUUAAGGGGAGGAGCCAGCGCUGCCGGGGGGCCUGGGGACCCACAAGUCAGAGGCAGAGAAAGUCAGGAGCCGGCUCUGCUCUCAAAUGGGAUUCCAGCCCACCAUUCGGGGCAGGCAGACUUGAGGACUUAACCCAGCCCUCCUCCCAGCAGGGGGGCAUUCACGCUGGGGACCCCGAGGCGUAGGGGAGACUCGUCUCCGAGAGGGUCCGUGCCUCCCCCCGCCCGGUGGACGGGCUGACAGCGGCCGAGGAAGAGAAAGGCAGUUGGAGCGAGGAGUGCCGCCGGGCAGGGUGACCGUCCCCACGCGCCCCUUGGGACCUGCUGCUGCUUCCCGGCCGCCGGGGCUCGGAUGCGCCAGGGGCAGCCGGCAGCUCAGCGCGCAGCCUUCGGGAGGCACAGAGGCAUCGGCACCGGGGCCGCACGUCCCCAUCGGGCAGGGAUCCUCAGCCAUGGGCAGCCAGGACAAUGAGACUCUGCUGUUCUCUCCCUCCCCCGAGGCUGAGAACUACAGCCAGAUAAUCCCCGGCGGCGGCUUCACCCCCAGCCCUGCCCAGAACUUCAGUCCCAGCAUCUUCGAGGAGCCCAGCCUCAGCCCCAACUUCAGCUCUAGCCUCAGCCCUGAUCCCAGUUCCAACCCCAGCCCCAGCCCCAGCCCCAGCCCCAGCCUCAGUUCCAGUCUGAGCCCAACCCCUAUCCCCUGGGAGUCAAAGGUCAGCAGUAGUCCCCCAGGUUUUGCCCACCUCCCCCAGGACUGGGGCUCCCAAGACAAUCCGUUCUGGGACACCCCUCUGAACCACGGCCUGAAUGUAUUUGUGGGAGUGGCCCUGUGCAUCACCAUGCUGGGCUUGGGCUGCACCGUGGAGGUCAAUCACAUCGGGGCUCACAUCCGCAGGCCCAUCGGGGUCCUGCUGGCCCUGCUCUGCCAGUUCGUCUUCAUGCCCCUGCUGGCCUUCCUGCUGGCCCUCAUCUUCUCUCUGGACGAAGUGGAGGCGGUGGCCGUUCUGUUAUGCGGCUGCUGUCCGGGCGGAAACCUUUCCAAUCUCAUGUCUCUGCUGGUGAACGGCGACAUGAACCUCAGUAUUAUCAUGACUAUUUCUUCCACACUUCUGGCUUUGCUGUUGAUGCCCCUGUGCCUGUGGAUCUAUAGUCGGGCCUGGAUCAAUACGACUUUGGUGCAGUUACUACCCCUGGGAGCAGUGACCCUGACCCUCUGCAGCACCCUGAUUCCAAUUGCUGUAGGUGUAUUCAUCCGCUACAAAUAUACACGAGUCGCUGACUAUGUCCUUAAGGUUUCCCUGUGGUCUCUGCUAGUGACUCUGGUGGUCCUUUUCAUCAUGACCGGUACUAUGUUAGGACCUGAACUGUUGGCAAGUGUUCCUGCAACUGUUUAUGUGGUAGCCAUUUUUAUGCCUUUGGCUGGAUAUGUGUCAGGAUAUGGUUUGGCUACUUUAUUCCAUCUGCCCUCCAACUGCAAAAGGACUGUUUCUCUAGAAACAGGCAGUCAGAACGUACAACUCUGCACGGCUAUUCUAAAACUAACCUUUCCUCCACAGCUCAUAGGAAGUAUGUACAUGUUUCCUCUGCUUUAUGCCCUUUUUCAGUCUGCAGAAGCAGGGAUUUUUGUGUUAGUGUAUAAGAUGUAUGGAAGGGAAGUUGUACAUAAGCAAGAUCCUCUGGAUGAAGAGGAUACGGAUAUUUCCUAUAAGAAACUGAAGGAAGACGAAAUGGCGGAUACUUCAUACGGAUCAGUUAAAGUGGAUGAACAUAAUUCAAUAAUGAUGGAGCCCACCCAGACCUCCCUGUAGGUUUCAGUUAACUAGAGCCACCUAUCGACCGCUCCCCUCCCCCCACCUCCCACUGAUAGUCUGUGGGAUGUUUAAGCGGUAUUAAAGGGCUCACCACAGCAGGAUUCUCCUACAUAUAACCUCAUACCUUUCCACUGUAAGGCAAUCUGGGCUUCGGGAUUGCCAGCUACAGACGGUUCCUCAGAUUUAAACACUUCAGUGCACUCAAUGUUAUACCUGUACAGCACAUUACCAACCCAAAGUUGAAGUUAAGCGAACGAAUGCCUGUUCUUUAAAUAAUUCUUUUCAAACGGAGCCGCUAUCAGAAACCGGGACUCUGAAACAGGGAAUUUGGGGGCAGGGUGAGUAACAACAAGUUCCAGUUCUAAGGCCGUAAUCGAAUUUCAUGUAUUCAUUGAGGGGGAAAUGUAGGAUUUGUCUUGUACUCAGUUACGCUCAGUCAAUUAAAUAAAAACGGUGUAACAAUGUCCAUUCUGUUGAACCUACAUCAUAUUAGAGAAAAUCAGUA